GCCGCAUAGUAGUAUAACCGAGCAUCAUAUCACGUAGUCUAUUAGUGUGAGUGGUAGUUCCGUUUAUUAGUGAGGACGGCAACACAUACCGUGUACCUGUAGCAUAGUGAGGUGUAUUUAGUUAUUAGUUGCAUCGCAUCACCAGAACACACCACCAAAACGUUUGUAGACGACUGAGUCUCUGAUGCGCUCUGACUUAUAACAGGUCUGGUUGUUGUGGAACGGGCCUGCGCAUUGUACGCAUAGUUGCACUAGCAUCGUUUGAGCUGGCCCACCGGUAGUUAAUUACACAGAUUGACACCAGCGGCGUCUGAACUAGCUAUUCUACUUGUUCUUGCGAUUAGUUCAAGGCUAUAGUUCGCCACAAUGCACCCCACUAUGCGGUCUUAUGCUGGGUGGUUAGGCGCAUGGCUAAUGGCUUAUAUGUGCAUGAGUACAUACGCAACAUCCAUACCGUUUCAAAUAACGCCGCGAAUAGUGGGAGGCAAUCGGGUGACUGAGCGCAUACCCUGGAUGGUGUCAAUGAACGACCCUGACUUUGAGGCAGGUGACCAACACUACUGCGGGGGUUUCAUGUUGAACAGCGAAUGGUUCAUGACAGCUGCGCAUUGUGUGGUAUUAUAUCCUGAUGUGGACACGUUCAAUGUCUCUAUUGGUAUCUUAGAUCGACGAGAGAUCGAUCAAGCGGAUCCAGACAGCCAGGUACACUCCUCGAAAAUACAACGGCAUGUGUGCCAUCCAGACUUUGAUUCGAAGUACUACAUUAACGACAUCUGCCUUGUGCAUUUAGCCGACCCGGUCAACAUCUCCGCAUUUGCUGUGUUAAACGACAACACAAGCUUUCCCGCAGUGGGUGCCUCCGUAUGGUUUUCGGGGUGGGGGGUGGAGAAUGAGCAUGCGUAUACGAUACCGUUUGUACUACGCUCGGCGGAAACACAGGUAGUGUCGAUUGCCGACUGUCUUGCGUCCCACGAAGAAGCCACCAGCACCAACUUGUGCACAUAUGCCGAUGGCGUAGACGCCUGCUUCAGCGAUUCUGGGGGUGGUGUAAUCAGCGCGAAUGAGGUGACUGGUUCACUGGCCCAAGGGAUAGUCAGUGGCAUAGUGUCAUGGGGUGUGGGUUGUGCGAGACAGGACAAUCCGGCUGUGAAUACGGAUAUUGUGCAGUAUCUGGGGUGGUUAGCAGAAGUGUUGCCCCGGUCUGCCUAUACUUUGGCAUCGGACGUAGACGCGGAGGGGUUUAUCAGGUCGAAUGUACUGGACACUGCGGAGAGUUUAACGGAUUCUGAAACGUUGCCCACGAGAGCUGGGCAACAGACAGGCGGAUGAAAUGCUGCCCACUGACUGAACGGAUCAAAUAGACGCGACAAGACAUUAGCACAUUGCGAAUCCUAAUUCACGCUUGUUGGUGAGACAAUGGAUAGAGGUUCCAAUGAUUUAAGAAUAUCAAGUAAGAAACAACAUACAACGGACAACAACAAAGGGGGGGGGUGGCAACUAAAAUUAUAGCGUUGAAUUCAAGACCAACCGAUACCACCGAUACAGCCUGGCCAUAGGAAUAACGAACAAUUCCAAAGAAGCACCAGGUAUUAAUAAAUUGACUAUAUGUAAGCACACAUGUUACAAACGA